UAAAGUUUACAUUGGUGAUGGAGAAAUUGUAAUAAAAUGUGGUGUAUUAUUGAAUUCUAAGUUAUUCAGCUUGCGUUUUAAACGCCAAAGGUAAAAAAAAAUGGACGAGACGGCCGAGUUUCCUGAUACAGAGUUAUCUCGAUCGCGUAAACUUGGCUCCGUUUUCCGUAUCAUCGAAAAUCACGCUGAUAAGGAAGAUACGGACAAUGGUGAUACAGAUGACCGACGAAUGAGGGGAAAAGUACGACCCCACUCUGCCAAAGGGCCUGGGCCAAACCUUGAACUGCCAUCCAGAGUACUGCCGACAAAGCCAAGGGGUAUUCGCCCAUGGUCUGCCCAACCAAAGUCGGCCAAAGCCCCACCCCAGAGGAAAGUCUCCAGGGAUUCCCUAAGAAAACCGCAUUUUCGACCUCCAUCAAGGUCAUCCACCGCCAGUGUAUCAUCAGAAAGUAGUUCCCUUAUCACUGCUGUGGGACUUGCCAAUAGAAAGCCUCUUGACUCCAGUACGCCCGAGCCCCAUGGGGAUCACCACCACUCCAGAUGUUCGCACCACCAUCAUCACGCACACAGCAAACCUUCUAGUUCAGAAAAAUGGGCGGAGACAAUUUCAGAAGCCCUUGCGGAGAGCCCCGAGCCCGAAGCCCCCGUAAAACCUGUGCCCGAGCAGCGACCAAUGAAAAAACACCCAUCGUUUGAACAAUGGAUCGAAGGUUCUCCUCAUGAUUCGGAUGAAUAUGACACGGAUGUUGAUAUAGACGACUUUGUUAAAAAUAUGAAAGACGUUUAUGAAAAAGAGAAACGCAUGCAAGAAUGGCGUAAAAGGACCCGUCGGCGUAAAACUAAGGGAAAUGUCAAGGAAGAGCGACCUCUUGACCCGACAGGAACAGUCAUGUACAUGGACCAAUGUGACGUUCAAGGCCAGAUUCCAGUAUCAUAUAUACAGCGCCAUCUAGGGGAUAGAAACCUGAGGAUGCGGCAUCACUACCUCGGUGGAACGGGGACCAAACCUAUGGCAGUCGCUCUAGUGAAAAACACGGUGACAGAAGUGUUGGACAUCAGUGACAAUUACGUAGAGUCGGAAGGGGCUCGCUACAUCGCAGGCAUGAUGAGAAACAACACAUUUAUUACGAACCUGAAUAUUUCCAACAAUUUCAUUGGCAAGGAAGGAUUCUCGUGUAUAUGUAGAAUGUUGGAGACAAAUACGACCUUGAAAAUUCUUUGUGUCUCAGGAAACCGGUUGACUGACAGUUGUGCUCCAUCCCUUGUGGAAGCCCUGAAGAACAAUUCCUCUCUGACAUCACUCAAUCUCAGCGAAAACACCUUUGGGGACUUUGCUGGGGCUUACAUAGGGGCUGCUUUGUCCCUAAACGAGGGUCUAAUCGACGUUGACCUUAGCUGGAACUCCAUACGAAACAGGGGAGCUGCUGCCAUGCUUUCUUGCCUUACCAAAAACAAGACCUUAGAAGUGCUAGAUUUGUCCUGGAACGGACUAGGGGCCCUAGGGGCUGAGGCCCUUAAACAGGGGCUCAAAAUAAAUAACACAUUGAAAGUGCUGGAUAUCUCAAACAACCGUUUAAGUACAAAGGCUGCUGAAGCCAUUAGCUGGGGCCUUGCCAGAAACGCUGGGCUCAAUAGCCUCAUGCUGAAUCUUAACCCACUAAAGGACGCAGGAGUGGCGGCCAUUUUGAAAGCGGUUGAGAAAAAUACUGAACUCAGACUGCUUUCCAUAGAGGAGAUCGGUAUUUCCAGAGAAAACUACAGUAAGAUUCAAGAACUUCAAGCUAACAAGGACCUCACCAUUCUUCACGGUGGAGUAGGGGGAUACAAUAGGGCUACGACUGCUACUAGUGUAAUGCGCUUGUUCAGCAAGUUUGUCGGCGCCCAUCAGAAGGAGCUGGCCACAGCUUUUCACCAGUAUGACAUGGAUAGAAACGGGCUUCUGGGCUUGGAAGACGUUAAAAUGGCGCUGAAAGAUGCAGGACUUAGGUUGACUAGUCGUCAACUUAGUACGUUGGUGGAAGAACUCAACUACACAAACUCGGGUACCUUGAACUACAGGGACAUUAUUAGCGGGCAAGCUCUCAGAGAUUUCUUCUCGCAUCAUCCUGCGCGAGCCCUGGCGAUAAAAUCCUCCCAGAUAACCAUAAACACUAUACCUGAGAUGUUGCAUCGGCAACUUACUGUCACAUGAUCUUUAGUAGUUAUAGGUUUUUAAAUGUUGCAAGUCUUAAUUGCCAAGUUGCAUCGGCAACUUACUGUCACAUGAUCAAUAGUAGUUAUAAGCUUUUAAAUGUUGCAAGUCUUAAUUGCCAUGUUGCAUCGGCAACUUACUGUCACACGAUCUAUUGUAGUUAUGAGCUAUUAAAUGUUGAAAGUAUUAAUUGCCAUUUUGCAUCGGCAACUCACUAUCACAUGAUUUAACAUAUUUAUCUUAGCUUCCCACAAAUAAAUCGGCAAGUUUUAAUGGUGGGGUAUAGAAUUCUCAUAGCGAAACCAUACACAGUAUAUCUGAGAUGCUAUGGAUCGGCAACAAUCAGUCACCUAAAUUGUGCUGUUAUGAUCUGUAUAACACCUGCUUAAUAUAGAUUGGCAAGUAAGAACUGAUACUGGGCAAGUGAAAUGCUAUUGACUGGCAAGUUGUUAUUGAUAUGGGGUAAGUGAAAUGCUAUUUACUGGCAAGUUAAAUUAUUGAUUUGCGGCAAGUGAAUUGAUAAUUACUGGCAAGUAAUCAUUGAUUCUGGGCAAGUGAAGUGCUAUUUUCUGGCAAGUAACUUCUGAUACUGGGCAAGUGAAAUGUAAUUUAUGGCAAGUAAUCAUUGAUUAUGGGCAAGUGAAAUGUUAUUUACUGGCAAGUAAUCAUUGAUUCUGGGCAAGUGAAAUGCUAUUUAUUGGCAAGUAACCAAUGCUACUGGGCAAGUAAAAUGCAAUUUAAAGGCAAGUAAUCAUUUAAUUUGGGCAAGUGAAAUACUAUUUACUGGCAAGUAACCACUGAUACUUGGCAGGUGCACUAGACCUGAAUAAGUCUUAAGUUCUAAUUCUCUUGCCGGAUGUUGAUUGGCAAGUAGGGUUUUGGGUUAUAAGCUUAUAGGUGUAAUCAAAAUUGAGCCCAAAGUAAUGAUUAUAAAACAAACUAAUAUUGGCAUGCAAUUCCAAAGUAUUAUGUUCAUCAAUGUGUUUAAAGAUGGCUGCAGUAGCCUUAUGUCAAUUUUAUGACCUUACUGUAAGUUAAAAAUGAAUUUAAGGGCAAAUUUUUGUUUUUUCAUUUUUUCAAAAGUGGUAGAUUUGUAGGUAGAUCGGUAGGGGGGUCUCAAAAGAGGUAGAUUUUACUUACCACCAGUAGAGUUCACAUCUCUGUAUACAUUCUAUUUUCAUUAGAUAUUGAAGAAAAACAAAUUAAGUGUGGUUUUGCUUUAAGUCAUGCUUGGCAUUAUAAUUAUGCGGUAGAAAACACUUAAAAAGUACAGGGUUCAAUAGCUAUGUCUAUUUCACAGUUGAGCUAAAGCUAUUUACGUACUGUUACUGAAAAUUGUAGGCUAUAAUGACGAAAGUAAAAAUGAAUGCAAAUGUAGUGACAAAGCAAGCGAACAUUCGUCAUGAGGAGAGUAAAGCAAUAAUAAAUAAGUAGAAAUCUGAUUCAUUUUCACAAUUGUUUAAUGAAGCAUGGCAAUGGGGAAUCUUGCUGAAUUUAUUUGCUGACUUUAUUUAAAAAUAUUUUCUUGUACUUUAGUUUAAAGGGCUUGUUUACAGAGUAUAUAUUUUUUUUUUAUAUUUUGAUGAAAUAUGUACCACAAUUAAUACAAUUGUUUUAAUUUACCAAAAAGGAUGCAAAAAUAUCCAAAACAAUGGUUCUUGUGAAGGAUACCAUGUUUAAUUUGAAAGAAAUGGGCAGAACACAUUUCUACCUUAUGAGACCAUAGUUGAUCACUGUUAAUCUUUUAGGACCCACCAGUGAUUUAAUAUUUGUGCGAUUUCAGCUAUUAAACAAUGAACAAACAUCAAACAGCAACAGACAGAUUCUCAUUUGAACAGAGUCCUUUAUAAUUCCAACUUAAAAUAAUUCAAUUUUCAAAAGUGUUAAUAAUGCUUUUCAACAAAAUAGAGUAUUUUCUGUCACAUUGAUAAAUAAUUAAUAACAGUAUUUUAAAAUUCUAAUGAUUAUUAUUUAUUAUUGAAACAAGCAGUUUGUUCGCAUUUCAAACUAAAUUAUUUAAUUUCAAUGGCUGACACUAUAAAACACGAACAAGACCCUGUAAAAUAAAAAGUGUACCCUUAUGUCAUAUAAAUUUUUGUAUAAACCCCAAACAAAAGUAAAAAUAAAUAAAUAUGUAAAUGAUUAUGUUUAACACAAAAAAAAAUUAAAAAAAUAUACAAUUUAAUUGAGUUGAUGGAUAACAUUUAAUGAUGUUUUAUCUACAUGUGAUAUUUUAUUUAUUGGAAAAUCCAGGUGGUUUAUAUGUGGUUAUUUGUUGUAUUUUAUCCAUAUUUUCAGUAAAUUUCAUGUUUGUUAAGAAAUUGAUAUCUUGCCAAAUGUAAAUUGUUGAUUUUCUUUAAAAAAAAAAAAUUGCAUUUAAAAUGUUGUAAGAAACAAUUGUUUCUUUGACUUUUUGAAAAAUAUUUUCUUGGCGUAGAUGGAAAAUAAAAAUAAAUAUAAAAAUAAUAAAUUUUUAACUUGUGUAAAUUCUCUUUACCAUUUAUGACACGUAUCAAUUUUUUUUACUUAAGAUAUUUAACAUCAAUGGUUUAACAAUCACUAUUCUGUAAAAAUAAAUAAUGUCCAAUUCUAAAAUAAUAUUAUAUGGUAUUGAAAUAUACCAAAAAGGAAACAAAAAAUACUGAUAUUGGUUUCAUUUGCUUCGUUGUGCAUCACUUAGUGACGACAUUAAUUGUUGAAGUUGGACAUUUUUUGUUGAUUUUUUUUUCUGGUCAUUCAUUUUUCUUCCAUUUGGUAAACUUAUGGCAUAUAUUUCAUAAAUAAUUUUAUCGGAGAACUACUUUUUUUGUUUCUUGUAAAAUAUUGAUAUUGUUGCUCCUGGUUGUUGUUGUUUUUCAUUUAUUUUUCGCUUGUUUGAUUUUCAAAGAAAAAACAUAUGGGUACUGCCAAAGAUUAGAUAUUAUUGUUGUUAUGGAGAGCAGUAGCUUGUCGUUAAGCAAAAAACGUUUUGCAUUUUUUUUCUGCAAAGUCUGUUCUUCCAGGAAGCCAUUAUGUGUGUACGAGUACAGAUAAAUAUGUCAACGCUUUUUUUUAAACUAACUGGAUUUAACAUGGAAGGCAACCUCAGUAAAUUUCAAAUUGAAAAAAAUGCGUAGAAUCUCUUAAGAUGACCUGCAUAAGGAAGUAACAUUCAAUACAUCAUAAACAACAAUAUCAAUUUUAUGUAAUUCUUGACAAUUUCCUUUUUUCUUGCAAUUGUAUCAUCUGGUAACUAGUCCCUUGAAGCCCUAAAACUGUUUGACUGAAAAAUAACAACAGUCAGGGGACUUUUCUGUGUCGCUUCUUUUAAAUUAUUGAGUUUAACUCUCUUAUGAUAUAGCUGUUUAUACUUAGAAACACGAAGUCUCAAGAUGCUUUCUAAUUACUAAUAAUUAAAGAAAACUCGACAUAGCUAAUAAAAUCACGAUUUUGGAUUUUUUCCGUAAUUUUAUACACUUCACAAUUCUUAAUCUUAACUUUUUAAGCUUUAAAGAUAAGCCGACGGAUUUUGAUAUUGGUUUCUAACUGGAAAUAAAAUUAAGUGCAGGAAUAAAAUAAAUGUUACAUAUAUCUCCACUAAAUAUAAAAAUAUUGCAUACUUGCAUGUUUAUUUUCACAUAUUUAUGUUUUGUUUGAGUGGGGUCGGAUUAGUGGGAACACACAACAAUUUAUUUGUCUAUAUCCUGCUCUGAAGAAACAAGAGCGUAGCUAGAAUAGAAUUGAUGUGCAAGUCCGGUUUUAUAGUGGUGCUCCUUGGCAUGCUCCCCGCUACUUUUUUUAAUGCAGGAUGCAUUGAGGUAUGAUUUCUACUACAGUCAAAUCCCAUCGGCUUGAUAUCCCAGUGACCAGCCAGAAUACUUUGAGCCUGGCAGAUAUCAAGCCAAGCAAGACUGCUCACAUAGAGUAACAAAAUGGUCCUUUUCAUCAAGCUCAAGCCAACGAAAAAAUCGAGCCGAACGAUAUCGAGCCAACAGGAUUUUACUGUAUAUUGAAAAUCUUGUGCAGGCCCUGACUAUAAAAGUAGUAAUAAUAGUGCUUACGUGAAGCUUUGCAACUGAGCAAGGUGGUUGCUAUUACAAUAUAUUUAUUUUGAAAUCUGAUCGAAUGCAUCUUUUUGACUUACAUAUUUCGAUACCAUGGAUCCUGAGCAAAAAAAUUGAAAGACCAAAGCAGAGUUUAGUGCAAACAUUAUUUUAAAUUUUAAAAAUAUUCAUUUUGCUCAUGUUAAAGAAAAAUGGGUCCAAUGGGAAUAAUACUAUGAGUAUAGGACUAAGAAUGCCCAGCAAAAGGAAUGAUUGCCGCAGAGCAAACUAAUUCACUGCCACAGAGCAAAUUGCAUCACUGCCACAGAGCAAAAUGAAUCACUGCCACAGAGCAAAUUGAAUCAUUGACACAGAGCAAAAUGAUUUACUGCCACAGAGCAAAAUGAAUCACUGUCACAGAGCAAAUUGAAUCACUGCCACAGAACAAAAUGAAUCACUGUCACAAAGCAAAAUGAAUCACUACCACAGAGCAAAUUGAAUCACUUCCACAGAGCAAAGUUCAAUCACUUGCAAAGAACAAAUAGAAUCACUGUCACAGAGCAAAUUGAAUCACUUCCACAGAGCAAAUUGAAUCACUUCCACAGAACAAAUUGAAUCACUGCCACAGAGCAAAUUGAAUCACUGCCACAGAGCAAAAUGAGUCACUGCCACAGAUAAUGAAUGACAGCUGCAGAGCAAAAUGAGUCACUGCCUCUAAGGCGAAAUACUUAUGUGUGCAUUUAUAUGUUUUUAAGGAUUUUAGAAUUAAAUGGUUAAAGAUUGUUUGUAAGUACUAACAAAAAAAUGUUUUGAUGUGACACAGUACAUACUUACAAUCUUUGAUCUUUUGACUGCUGCUUUACUGAAAUAAAUGUAAUGGAAAACUUCAGAAAUUUGUUGCGUAACACUAUCUGUAGUUUUUGCUUUUAUGUGUUUCCUACACACACUAUAAAAUGUGGUCACUGUAACAUACAAGUAGUUCACAAACUUUAAUGACAUACUAAUGUAGUACUCAAAAAGUAGUCCACAUUUACCAGUAGUGUGUCUCAACUUUCUCUUGUCAGAAUCUUUACAGGUAGUUAUAUUUACUAGUCAUUACCAGUAUAUAUCAAAAUAUUAGUUUUUAUUUUAUUUAUUUAAUUAUACAUGUACACUGUAUUCUAUAUGUUCUAUGGGUGGAACGUUUGAUCUGCCAUGAUUUCUGGGAAAUUUUAAGGAUUAUAAAUUAUAUAAUUGUUUUAAUAUUUAUGUGCCUGUGUGUCCAAUAAAAAGGACAUCAGGUUUAUUGGAACUGCAAGUUGAUUUGGAGGGAGGUGUUCAACUUAAGAAGAUUUUUGCGGAUUAGAAUUUCACAAGGCGCUCAAAUCAUUAACAGUCAAAUACAACCUCCCGGAUCAAAAUGCAUAACCAAUAAACCUUUUAUUCGCACUUUUAUUAUACAGUCAAAACUCGAUAUGUUGAAGUUGUUCGGACCUCAGAAAAUACUUCUAGAUAACGAACAUUCCAUAUUAAGAAGUUCAAAAGGUGUAUAACUAAACUGUAAAAAAAUAAACAAAGGUUCGACAUAACCAGAACAUCGAGAUAACAGAGUUCGACAUAGCCAGUUUUGACUGUGUUGUUUGUUACUUGUAAAAUUGUUCGGAAUGUUCAUUAUUACAUGUUACAAUGUUAUAUUACAGUUUAAACAUGUUAGAUUUCAUUUUAAUGUUUGAUAAUGCACUAUAUCUUUCGAAGACCUUAUUUCAUUUGAUGACAUCAUCUCAAUUUUGCACAAUGAUACUUGUAAUGACCUGGGACAGUAUUCAAUAAUGACCUUAUCCUUAGCCUUAGAUAUGCCUCAGUGAUUCCAUUCAGCCUGUUGGUCAGCUAAAUAUACAGGCCAAUAAAAACACUUAGUUUCUAAUCUUAAAUUUAAAUUCAAUCUAAGUUGCUUAUUGAAUACAGCCCUGGGCCAGUAUUCAAUAUUGAUCUUAUCCUUAGCCUUAGACAUGCCUCAGUGAUUCCAUUCUGCCAAUUGGUCAUCUAAAUAUACUGGCCAAUCAAAGCACUUAGUUUCUAAACUAAAUUUUUAAUUUAGUCUUAGUUGUUUAUUGAAUACGGCCCCAGACGUAAGCAAAGUGGAAAACAGCCUCAUUUCACUAGGUAAAAAAUGGACAAGUCAUUUUGCUUUAUGUAUUGUUUGAAGAUUUAGGAUACAUAAAUGAUAUACAAAUGUAGAAAAAUUUAAUGUCAAUAUUUUCAUGUUUGACUAUGUCACUAGAAAAGUUGUUUUUCUUCCCUUUACUGUAUUAAACUACAUAGUCAUGUUUUGUUUUAUGCAUUUUUAAAAUAUUACAAGAGAGAUUAUGUUUGCACUUGUGAUAAGAAAUAAAAGAUUUUAUUUUCUUGUA